AAUGCUUUCUGUAAAGUAACACACAACUCUUGAUCUUUUACAGGUGAUUCUGUAAGCACAUAUUAUAAGGACCAUUAUAAAGCUGCAAUGGAACAGUUGGCGGCUAUUAGCUUGUCAAACAAUACUAGGACAUCACAGCACACUUCAAAUAGCCCCAAACAAGGGUCAUUUAUUUCCUGGAGCCAUAUGUGUAAUCAAGACAAUAGUUCACUGAGCAGAGACUUCAGUAAAGCUUCCAUACACAUGCCGUCUAAUUCCAGUGAUGUUCCUACAAACUUGAUCCACACUAAUCCACUGGUGCAUUCUUUUAUGAAGAGAUGCUACCCAGCUUCUCAUUUUGGAACUCAGAAAACAACAUCAGGGAAUUCCAGCAAAAACAGUGAUGGAGACAUUUGCAAAAAGGGCAAUGAAAUCAAUGCUUCUGAUUCUAGUAGUAGUGAUGACACACUUUCAACACUCAAAAGGAAAAUGAAAAGAAGAAAUGCCAAUGUGGAGAGCGCAGGUCCAAUAGAAGAGAAGAAUACAUCUGAGAAUGAAGAAAGAAAUAAACUUUUGCAGGAAUACUUAAAAUUGUUUAAUAGUAACCUAAAACCUGAUCCUAUAGAGCACAAGGAAGAUGUUUUCUCCUCAGUGGGGGAUGAUACUUUUUCAUACCCUGAUUUUCUUCCUCCGCCAUACAAUACCUUGGAUUUACAAAAACUAUCCAAGUUGGAUAAUUGGAGAUCAGCUUUCAAGGAACCACUUGACGACUCAGUUGAUCAACUAAUAUCUCGUAUCAUCCGUAUGGAAAGGUUGCAGCAUUUGACUGUAGUAAGGGAAAAGACAAAAGAAUCUGCUUAUCCUGCUGUGGCUGCUAACAACCAUUCGGGUUCUUUAACAGAUAUACACCAACGGAAACAACUAAGGCCCUUUGAUUUCUCAUGCUCUCAGGCAGCUUUUGAUGGUGAUCGUCACAAUUUUGGUUUUUCUAUGCAUGAACGGCAUAUACAGAAAUGCACAAGCCAGCAUGGUCAUAGCAAGCAGAGUUUUGGAGGAGUAUCUCCUGUGCGUUCAUCCACAAAAUCCUCGCAAGCAUGUUACAGUACCUCAAAAAGUGUCAAAGCUCCAGUCACAGUAGACUCAAGCACUGUUGUCACGCGACAGUCUGCAACAUCAUGCUCUGGAAGCUCAUCAAAAAUUCACACAGGUGUCAAAAUGACUUCUUCAACAUUACUUUCAUCCAGCUCAACCGACGACAGUUCGAAAGGUAAAGAUGUGAGGACUAAAAGAAAAUCUUGCAGAAAAAACUGAAGCAGUGAUGAGCAAACUCAUCGACUCUCAAAAAGUAAACUGAUCUCUUAUUUCAAAGCAAAAGUGUUCUGAUGUUAGCUAUCAGUGAUCUAUUAAAUUUAGUGCACAAUGUGUUAUUAGUAUCAUUUAAGCAAACAGACUGAGCGAUAGUAAUUUGGAAAGCUGUUUAUUAACUUGUGUUAUA